AUGAAGCUGUCAUCCAUCAUUAGUGUCUGGGUCUUCACCCUUGUCAGCGCCGUUCUUGGCGCUGAACUCGUCCCUCGAUCAGCUCUCACAGAAGUCAACAACUAUGGCAACAACCCUACAGGAACUCGUAUGUUCCUUUACGUUCCCAAGAACCUGAAGCAGAACCCUGCCGUGGUUGUCGGUCUUCACUACUGCACCGGUACUGCUCAGGCUUACUACCAGAGCAACAAGUGGGCUUCCAAUGCUGAGAAGUACGGAUUCAUCGUCAUCUACCCUCAGACUCCUUACACUCCUGGUAACUGCUGGGAUGUUUCGUCCAAGAUGACUUUGACCCACGAGGGUGGUGGUUGCAGCACCUCUAUCGCCAACAUGGUCAAGCAUGUUCUCAAGAACUACAGCGGUGACUCCAAGAGAGUCUUUGUCACUGGUGACUCUUCUGGUGCUAUGAUGACGAACGUCAUGGCUGCUACCUACCCCGAUAUUUUCUCCGCGGCAAUUGUCUACGCUGGUGUCCCUGCUGGUUGCUUCAAGAGCCAGGCUAACCAGGCCGCCGCUUGGAACUCGACUUGCUCUCAGGGCCAGUCCCGAUGGACUCAGCAGCAGUGGGCCAACGUUGUCAAGGACAUGUACCCUGGCUACAACGGAGCUCGCCCCAAGAUGCAGAUCUACCACGGAACCGCCGACCCCACUCUCAACGUCCAGAACUACUACGAGACCAUCAAGCAGUGGACUGGUGUCUUUGGCUACUCUGCUACUCCCAAGUCUACUACCAACAACUUCCCUCGCAGCCCUUACAAGCGAGAGGUCUUUGGUGACAAGCUUGAGACUUUCUUGGGCAACGGUGUUACCCACGCUGUUGACCACUUCCCCGAUGAGGACCUAAAGUUCUUCGGUCUUGUUUAA